AUGCACCACGAACCCAAAAUCCAUGCAACCACCUACCCUGAAGGUGGCCUCCGCGCCAACCUAGUCGUACUAGGCAGUUUCAGCUCCAUAAUGGGCGGCCUCGGCCUCAUGAACAGCAUCGGCAUCUACCAAGCCUGGAUAUCAACGCACCAACUCUCAACCCACAGCGCCGGCCAAAUCGGCUGGAUCUUCGGACUCUACAACUUCCUCGUCUUCUUCUGCGGCAUCCAAAUAGGCCCCAUCUUCGAUGCAAAGGGUCCCUGUUUCCUAAUGUGGACAGGUUCAACGCUUAUCGUGUUAACGAUCGUGUUGAUGGGCUUCUGCACGCAGUACUGGCAUUUUUUGCUCGUCGUUGGGAUAUUGGGCGGAAUGGGGACAUCGUUUAUUUUCAUUGUACCUGUUGCUAGUAUUGGGCAUUUCUUUUGUCGCAGACGUGGGGCUGCGACGGGGUUGGCUUUGUCCGGGGGAAGUAUUGGAGGUGUGAUAUACCCUCUUGUGCUUGAGAAUUUGGCGCCGAGGGUGGGCUUUGCGUGGUCGACUAGGAUUAUUGCGUUGAUUACGCUGGUGCUGUUGGUUCCGGGGUGUUUGCUUGUUCGAGCGAAUUUCCCACCGAAGGAUCCCUCGCCUCCGUCGCUGAAGGUAUUUCUUCCUGAUUUGACUAUUCUAAGAGACCCCGUUCUUGCGUUGACGACGCUGGGAGUGUUCUUUAUCGAAUGGGGCUUUUUUAUCCCGCUGGAGUAUAUUGCUUCGUAUGCUCUUGUUAGUGGUAUCUCGCGCCAGCUGGCGUACUUGAUGAUUGUCUUUUUGAACGCGGGCUCCUUUCCGGGGAGAUGGUUGCCUGGCAUUCUGGCGGAUCGAAUUGGUCGGUUUAAUACCUUACUUCUGACCAAUAUUCUGUGUUUAGUUGCUGUACUGGCGGUGUGGAUGCCUGCCGGGGGAAACGCAGUCGCUGUCAUUAUAUUCUCGGUGGUAUUUGGCUUCGCGAGCGGAAGUAACAUCAGUCUGGUUCCGGUUUGUGUUGGGGAGCUUUGUCCCGUGGAGAAUUAUGGACGAUAUUAUACUACUGUAUAUACUAUUGUCAGCUUUGGUGCCUUGACCGGUGUACCUAUUGCUGGAGAAAUACUCCAUCGUUGCAAUGGUGAGUAUUGGGGUCUGAUUGUGUUCACAGGAUGUGCAUAUGCUGCCGGAAUUGUUUGCUUUGCGCUAGUGUUGUGGCUACAGAGGCAGAGAGGGAAUAAGCAUUGA